AUGACCAAAAUCGUGUUUUUAGGUCCUUUGGGCACAUAUUCUCAUCAAGCAGUAAUCCAACAAUUUGGUGAUUCUGACAAUACCACCACCUCGCAAAAACAAAAAUAUGAAUUGAUACCUGCUUCUACUAUUCCUAAUUGCUUUGAUAUACUAUAUAACGACAAGAGUAUAGACUAUGCCGUAGUUCCAUUUGAAAAUUCAACCAAUGGCCAAGUUGCUUUCACUUAUGACUUAUUAAGAGACUGGAUAAGCAAAAAGGAAAAUAAUUUUGUUUUGGGCUCAAAUGAAAUCUUACCUCCGUUAUUUGCCAUUGCUGAGCAAUAUGUUAAUGUAGAGCAUUGCUUAAUCUCACCGAUCCCUUUGGACUCUAUUCCAUCUCAUUUCCAAAACUUAUACUCACAUCCACAAGUUUGGGGUCAAAUUAAUGAGUACAUGAAUUCAAAAUUAAAUGGAAAAUUUGAUAAGAGAAUAGAUACCACUUCAACGGCAGAUGGUAUUAAACAAUGUAUAAAAGAUUAUAAUAAUACCGACGGGGAUAAGAUACUAAGUUUGGCUAUAGGGAGUAGAAUUGGUGCCAUGAUAAACAAUGCGUAUAUUAUUGAGAGUGGCAUUAAUGACUUGAAGGGCAAUACUACUAGAUUUUUAAUAUUGCAACGAAAUCAGGAAAAAAAUGUUUGUAAUUCCCUUGCGUACGAUGCUGAUCAUAAAGAAAUGGUUUCCUUGAUGCUGUUUACUAUUAAGAAAAAUGUUCCAGGUUGUUUGGUUGAGGUUUUAAACAUUUUAAAAGAUUAUGGCAUCAACAUGACUUCUAUAUCCAGUAGACCCUCUGGAAAAUUAGAACAGAACUGGGAAUAUGUUUUUUAUAUAGAGUAUAUAUAUGACCCUUCGAAGCCUUGGAAAACAGAAAUAUAUCCUAAAUUUAAUGAAAAAUGUAUAAGUUGGUGUGUUUGGGGUAUUUUUAACAGAAAUCCUGACUAUUAUAAGUAA